AUGACGUUCGCUGCCUUGCGCCGCAGUGCGGUCUGCAUCGGCGCCCUCUUCAUCCUCACCACCAUCUUUCUCGCCGCCACCCGCAUCGCCUCCUCCCUCGACUUCUCCGCCAGCCGCUCCUCCCCCGCCAGAGACGUCCCGGCCCCGCCACGCUCCCCCGCCGACGCCCCCAUGUCCUACGGCUUGAACGCCCGCCCGGGAUUCACCGACCUGUCGGUCCACAUCGCCUCCCUUCCCGAGCGCCACCGCCCCUCGCGCGCCCAUCCGGGCCGCCGCCUCGUCAUCGUCGGCGACGUCCACGGCAUGCACGCUUCGCUCGAACGCCUCCUCGACGAGCUCCGCUUCGCCGUCGCCGCAGGCGACCACCUCGUCCUGGCCGGCGACAUGAUCAACAAGGGGCCCGACUCGCCCGGCGUCCUCGACCUCGCCAUCCGCCUCGGCGCCUCCGCCGUCCGCGGCAACCACGAGGACCGCGUGUUGCUGGCCCACAGGAGUAUGCAGAAUACCCACGUCGCCAACGAGGACGCUCACGGGAACCCUGUCAUGACAAAGGGUGAAGAGAUAGAGGGUCAACCCAAAGCGGAAGAACCGAAGGACGAGCCGAAGUCUGCAACCGCCGCCGAAGUCGACGACAAUGAUGAGGAAGAAGACGACCUUGAGCCCGCCGUCUUCUCGCACGGCGACUCCCAAGAGCGCGCCACCGCCCGCAGACUCUCCCGCAAGCACCUCGCCUGGCUUGCCUCCCUUCCCGUGAUACUCGAGGCCGGCACCAUCGAGGGGCUCGGCGACCUCGUCAUCGUCCACGCCGGCCUCGUCCCCGGCGUGCCCCUGCCUCGGCAGGACCCCUGGGCCGUCAUGAACAUGCGCGGCCUCGUCUACCCGCGCGAGGAACUCCGCCGACAGGAGGCCAAGCGCGCCCUCGAGGACGCCCGCAAGGCAUACAACGCCGCGUCCCUCAUCGCCGUCGGUCCCAUCACCGAGACCAUGGUCGAGCGCGAGCACGAGCGGCGCCGCCGCCCCGGCGACCGGGAGCCCGCCAUCCCCACCGACCGCCACGACGGCGCGAGCAGCUGGCCCAAGGCCUGGGACGCCCACCAGCGCGCCCUGCCCGAGGCAACCCCCCGCACGGUUGUCGCCUACGGCCACGACUCUAAGCGGGGGCUCCACGUCGGCCAGUACACGUUCGGCCUCGACUCGGGCUGCGUCAACGGCGGCGAGCUGAGCGCUCUCGUCAUCGAGGCCACGGCCGAGGGCGUCACGCACGUCGUCCGGAGCGUCUCAUGCGCCGGAGACGAGGGCAAGAAGAAGAAGAGGAAGGGCAGGAAGCACAAGAAGGGCAAGAAAAGCAAGAAGCAGGAAGACCAAUCAUAG